CUCAGCGCCGCAGACUUGGAAUUCAAUCCCAAGGAAUGGCUUUGGAAGCAGGGUGAACAUAAAAAGACCCGACCAAAUGUUCGAGAUUUGGUCCAGCCCAGCAGCAGCGACAAUAGGAUGAAGAAGGUACCAAACACCAAGACAGAUCAGCAAGCAAUACAGGUUAAAUGGGGGGAUGCACUUCACUCCAAUGAACGUUCCGUUGAUGAAGCUCCACAGCCGCUCCAACACUCCAACGCAGCAGCAAUCAGUGCCACGUCAGCAGCGCCACGUCAGCAGCGCCACGUCACAGUGCCAGAUCAGCAGUGCCACGUCACAGUGCCAGGUCACAGUGCCACAUCAGCAGUGCCACAUCACAGUGCCAGAUCAGCAGUGCCACGUCAGCAGUGCCAGGUCACAGUGCCACAUCAGACUCAGUGCCACAUCAGCAGUGACGUCAGACACAGUGCCACGUAAGCAGUGCCACAUCAGCAGUGCCACGUCAGACACAGUGCCACGUAAGCAGUGCCACAUCAGCAGUGCCAUGUCAGACACAGUGCCAUGUAAGCAGUGCCACAUCAGCAGUGCCACGUCAGACACAGUGCCACGUAAGCAGUGCCACAUCAGCAGUGCCACGUCAGACACACUCGCUGCAAUCGAGGCUGAGGAACAACGCCAGCUGGCAGUCAAGGCUGCCCAGCCACAGGCUGAUGAAGCGGCAACAGCAGAGAAGCUGCGGCUACAAGCCGAAGCAGACGCAGAUGCCCAGGCUCGCCGCAAGGAAGCCCAGGCUCUGCCGCAGCGGCAUGAAGCCAACAGCAUCGAGAAACUCAAGUACUGGCAUUUUGAACCGAACGGCGACGAGCCAACACCGGAAGAGCAUCAUAAGGAGUUCAUGGCCAAGCUCGUGAGCAGAUGCUGGAGCUUCCAACUGGAGGAACGCGUUGACCACGUAGUGGCAAUGCUAGGAGACAUAAGUGUCUUCACAGAGCCGGCCACCAUCAGGCAGCGGUUCGAGUUGCUGGACACUAAGAUCAGUCAGCAACAGCAGACUGACCACAGUCACAACAACAGCUCGGCGAGGCCAUACAAGAUGCCGACGUUCCGGAUCGAGAAAUUUGAUGACUACACACAUCAAGACCCGGUCGUCUGGUGGCAAGGAUUUACAACGGAGUUGGGGAUUCACAAAGUCCCUGACCAUCUGUUCAUCAGUGCUCUGUUCAUCAACACCAAGGGAGGUUGUCAGAUCUGGCUCAGCCACAUGGCAACUAUCCACGGCGUCCAGGUUUCAGACCUGUACAAGAAGGUCUCUUGGGAGGACAUGACAAAGAAAUGGAAGAAGCGGUUCAUCGUCGACGACACCCCGGCACUCGCCGUCAACCGCAUCUUCACGAUGGCUCAAGGGAGCACACCUACACGUGACUGGCUCACGGAUUGGCAGAAAAUCGUGGCGACGGCCGAUUUGGACUUGUCAUUUUCGCAUCUGCGGCGUGAGUUCUACAACAGGUCAUGCGCCGCUCUCAGCCUCGCACUUGGUGAUCGCGAGCAGUACAGCACUUUCGCAGAGAUCAUCAACAAGGCGAGAGAGCUCAUCAAGACUAACAGGCCGGCUGCACACGAGAAGUCCACGUGGCAGCCAACCUAUGUGGAGAAGGUACGAACUGGUCCGCGACAGCAGCAGUUCGCUGCAGUCCAGUCGGACAGUGGAGAUAACCCAACAGCCACUCCAGCAUCAAGUGACGGAGAUCAGGUGGCUGCUGUCCAGCCGCGAAGCAACAACAAGUCCCGCAACAAUGGGAAGGCGAAAUCCGCAUCGCAAGCCGGAAAUGGACAGCCAGGACAAUUUCCAUGGGUCAAGUUUGGCUUGACCGAGGCAGAGUUCAAGGUCCGCGGCCGCUACGGCAGCUGCUAUUGGUGCAACAGCACCAAGCACAAGACCUCCUUAUUCGGCCGCCUUGCUAGCGGUCUCCUGCACAUCUGGGGAGGACCAUCGGCAACCGAUUCGGCAGCUUCGCCGCAACCUAUCGCCGGGGAUUCAACGUCAUGGUCAAGACUUGAAGAGCUCGACCCAUUGACGUUCACGGACUUCCAGUGGAUGCCCGUUCCCUCGACCGGACGAUUGCCGAAACCGCAUUGCAACGUGCUUAUGGCACAAUUGCGGGACUACUUGCACACUGCAGUACCAGCUCCGUUGAUGGACGCCGGAGCAGAGGUUGUCGACCUUCACGCUUCCAUCGCGAAGAUCGACCGCGAGUUCAAGACGCAACGGUACGACGACAUCGACGCACCAUUGCUAUACAUACGCAUUCAGAUCGGAGAGGCGACUUGCAGUGCCUUGAUCGAUUGCGGAGCAUCUCGCAGCUACAUCAGCCAGGACUUCAUGUUCUUCUCUAAGCUGGAUCUCAAGUCAGGGUACCACCAACUCGAGAUUCGCAAGGAGGAUCACUACAAGACCGCGUUCAAGACACGGUAUGGACAUUUCCAAUGGCUGGUCAUGCCAUUUGGCCUUACGAAUGCCCCAACCACUUUCGAGGCGGCUAUGACGACAGAGUUCCGACACAUGCUGGAUCGUUUCGUACUUAUCUACCUCGACGACAUUCUGGUUUACAGCCGGAGUCUGGACGAGCAUGUGGAACACCUGCGCACCGUUUUGGAGUGGCUACGACAGGCCAAGAACAAAGCAAACCGCGACAAGUGCGAGUUAGCACAGCAGGAGCUGGAGUACUUGGGACACUAUGUGACGUCGCAAGGCAUCCGUCCGCUUGCGGACAAGAUUGAGGCCCUACGAGUAUGGCCCAAGCCCACCAACACCACGGACGUUCGUUCAUUCAUGGGGUUGGCGGGCUACUAUCAGCGAUUCAUCACCGGAUACUCCAGGAUUGUUGCACCUAUGACGAGCAAGCCCCGCAACCGCAAUCCCUACGGCGAGUUACACCCGAUGCCUAUCCCACGGGAACCCGGUCUCUCCAUUGCCAUGGACGUUACCGGUCCGUUUCCUCGCGACCGGCUCGGGCAUGACGGCAUCCUCACGGUUGUGGACCGAUUGAGUAAGUACGCGUGUUUUCUCCCUUGCAAGUACUACUCCACGACUUCCGAGCUGGCACGCCUCCUGCACACUGGUUGGAUUUGUGGCCACGGUGUACCAGAAGACAUUGUCAGCGACCGCGACACUCGUUUCAUGUCGGCGUUUUGGACUGCUCUCAUGCAGGAGUCCGGCACAACAAUGAAACCUAGUUUGGCUCGACAUCCUCAGACAGACAGGCAGACGGAGCGGGCACAUCAAACCGCUCAAAUGAUGCUUCGUACGCUCAUCCGUCCGGUCCAGAAAGAUUGGGUUGACCGCCUCCCCGACAUCGAGUUCGCCUACAACACUUCAGUGCAUCCAGCGAUCGGCGUGACUCCAUUCGAGUUGCACCACGGUGGACGGAAAGGUCGGAUUUUCGCCGACCUUCUCCUCCCUCGACCAACCGACAUUGACGCUGCCUGCUCUCCCGCUUCCGUCCGGAAGUACAGGGAAUUGCUAACUCAAGCCCGCGCAAAUAUGCAAAAGGCUCAAGUCCGCAUGCAGCAGCAAGCCAACAGGCGUCGCGUACCAUGUCCCAUCCGCGCCGGUGAUCUGGUUUGGGUCUCCGCGGAAGAGUUUGCACAGGAACAGGACGUUUCACGCAAACUGCUUCCCAAGUGGUUUGGACCUUGGUCGGUGACAGCAGCCGCGGGCGAUGAGCCUGAUGGCCAUUCAUUUGUGAUCAACAUUCCAGAGCCUCUGACGGUCCAUCCGGUCUUCCACGCCUCGAAGCUGGCAACAUACACGCCAGCCAAGAGCGACGACUUUCCGGACCGACGAUCACAUGACCCUCCUUCUAUGGAUGGCCAUCAGGAAGUUGACCGCGUCAUCUCCGAUCGCAAGUACGGCAGCAAGCCGCGGCAGUACAAAGUCACAUUCAAAGCAUGCGAUCGCGACGACACUCGGUGGAUUUCAGGCGCAGAUUUGAAACCAUCCGCACCGCUGGUCUACGUGCAUUAUGAAAAGCGCAGGUUAGCUCAGGAAGCUUCACGACCAGCCCCUCCCACCCGGACUGUGGUCCCUCCCUCAGACAGACAGCUUCGCCCUCGCAGGUAUGUUCGGUGCUUCAAGGAGGGGGGGGUGUGGCAUACUGCGUAGCCACAUGGGCCCUGCAGGGCCCGUCCCGGACAUUCAGCCUAAAAGCCUAAAACUUAGAGC